AUGUCUUUCCUUCAUGGUGUUCUUGAGACUGUGAAGGAGGAUGAUAACGUUACAACUUAUGAUAAUAAUGAUAUUAACAAUGUUAUUAACACUCUUAACACUAGUGUAGGUAAAGGCCGUGAGGCCUUCGGGAAGGCGUUGACUCAGGUGGAGGAGAGGACUGGAGCAGUGAAGACAAAAUUAGGUGAGUUGAUUGGUAAAUUAUCAUCUGAUGCAGGUGGACAAUACUUUCAAGAGGUGAAGAACCGUGGAGGCGAGGGCCUGGAGAAGCAACUCAACAAGUGGAAGACAACGAUCCAGAGGAUCGAGGAGGACGUCACGGACAUAGAAAAACAACAAAUUAAUAUACUAGAUAAAUCACUUAGCACACGAAUAAUGAAUGAAUAUAUGCCUGUGAAAAAAGUGGUUGCGCACUUAGGGGCUGUUGCCACGAACCCGGCAUUCGGCCCAGCUGUGAAGGCUGUAGAUAGUGAGUUUAUGAAACAGGAAGAGCAUGUAACUCAGGAAAUACAGGCAAAAUCUGCAGUGCUCAGAGAUGCAGUGACUACUAAAUUCGACCUUAUAGAUAAAAGCAUCCGUGCCGUUGAGAAAACGCAGAAAGUUGAUUUGAAGCGCUUAAUGGAACUGGUGGGUGAGUUGGCGGUGGCAGUUGGAGAGGCUGAUAAAGUGUCAGGAACGCUGGUGAGAGAUUAUCAGCGUAUGAUUGUUGAGAAUUUGGAGAGUAUUAAUGAGCACGUUCAACCUCUUGCAACGGAGACCAUUGCUAAUGAACUCAAUCAAGUGUACAAAAGUAUUACCUCAGAAUUGGUAGUGCUUGAUGAUCAGUUAAGGACAAUUGGUAGCGUUGGCCAGAAAGUUACGGGACUGGUGGAGAAUAAGUUGGCUUAUAUUGAAUCUGAGUUGAGCGAAAAAAUAAAGGUACUUAAGGGGGAUAUUAGGAAUAAUGUUGAGGAAUAUUCGAGAACUUAUAUUGGCAGCGUUAUGCAGCAAAUUGGUCUUAUCAACGAGAAGGUUGGUGAACCAAUGGACGGGCACGCCGAUCCGAAGAAUAGAACCAUAUACCACAAUUGGGAGGUGCUUGAUGCAAGAACAACGGGGCUUAUUAAGCGUAUUAACGGCAGUGGAACAGAUUACAAUGGUCUUAAGGGGAUCCAACAUAGGCUGGAAUACGCCGUUCAGGCCGCUAUAGCUGCCCUGUCUGCGACCGCAAGACAAAACGCCAAAACAAUUUGGUCAUUCACUACUAAGAAAACAAAUGGAUCUAACAUGUUUGAUUUCAACCUAGGCUUUAAUCUAGAAGCAGCUAUAGCGCAAGUAGACCAAAUUAAAGAGAUACACGGCGGCGACGCAGACAAUGGCGUUGAGCCAGGAGAUAAAAUUACCAAGGCGCUGAAGGAGGUGAAGCAAAAGAUUGAGACGCUAUUAGAGAAUCUUACGGAUGCGACUAAAAAAUCGUUUGCUCCUAUUACUUCGUUUCCUCCAACCAAGGCCGUGGCACUCACCGACAAAAUCGAUGCCAGGGUCCAACAUAACGUUGAUCCGGUCGACUUCGACACUCCACUAAAAGCCCUGCUGAACAGAUCAGCCAAAGAGGGUGUCAACAUGUUAGACACUGAGAUUAAACAAAUCCUGAAUGGACAACUUGGCACUGUUAAACCUAACAUAGAAGCGGAAAUUAAUACCCUGAAAAGAGAUCACACCGGCGCCACGUCAGGUGAAAUUCAACAAAAAAUUAGCGAACUUCAGGACAAAAUCACGAGGCUCAUAUCGUCCGUCGGUAAUGUUAACAAUAAAGCUAAAAGUGAAAUAAAAUCCCAGGUGACGUCUGUGCAAAAGCAAGUCGGCAACCUUAAAGAGGACAUUACGAAAAUUAACUUACAAAUCACAGCGUUUAAUGCGUCUCUUCAAAAGGUCAUCGAAGAAGCACAGUCUACUGUCGAUGACGCCCGCGAGACCCUGCAACGCCAAAUCAAUGAAACGCAAACUGCGCUCACCGAAGCAGCCGAACAAGCCUUCAAAGAGGUGUACACGAAGGUAAAAUCCACGUUCGCCGAAGGCCAUCUGGCCGACUUGGAAGCGCUCCAUAAAUUAGUCACCGACCAAAAAACUCAAAUCGAUAAAAUAAUUGCCAAAGACAAUAGAAAAGGCCUGAAAGGUUUUUUCGACAAAUUAUUACGUACAGUGCUAGAUCACGAAAAGGAUUUAAUAUCGAAAUCCAAAGUGACUGCAGAAGAACAUAAAUUCGUCAAAGAAAUAAAAGAAUUCCUUCAUGUGUUCUUCACGUCUGUAUAUAUCCAAAAUGAUUUUGUGGAAUUCGAAUCAUCAUUUAAUCCCAUCGUGGAAAGUACGCAUGAUAUGCUUCAACAGCUUGAAGAAUCUAAGCGCUUCGAUCACACUUUUAUCAAAAACCUUGACAAUCUUAAUCUCGCACUGCAUAACUUCGAACCUAAGAAAUUCUCUGAGCCGUGUUCCAUAUUGCUUGAUGCCUUGAAAGAUGGGCUCAAUGCCCUGGCCUCUCAGCUAGGCUAUGCGUAUGUUAGCAGCUAUGAUGGCGCUCCGCCUAUAGCUAGUUGGGAGUACCGCGACCGUAAAUCUAAAAAAACUCUACCAACUGAGGAAGCCAAAAUGUGCGCCAAAGUCUUCCUUACGUGUCUGCCGAUGUGCUUUAACGACCUCACUGAGAUUAGAAAGCAGUGUAAUCAUGAUGGUGAUUGGCGGAAGAAAUGUAUUAAUUUAAGCAACGAGCUCGGCGCAUUUUUCGAGAAGUGCGGGUAUCGCGUUUCUGAGGACGAUGGUUCCCAUAGAGGGGACUUAAAAAAUAAUGCUGACCUCGACGGCCGGGAUAUUCAUCGUAAACUCAUGGCAGACAUUGCUGGCGAGGAUGACAAAAAAUACCACCUCGUUAAAGAUGAAGAUGAUGAGAAUCCGAAUGGGAAAGCAAAUAAUAAAAGUCUGCUUAAACAACUUGUCGACCAUCUCCACAGUUACUACGCUGUCACCCAGCUCCGCCAUAUAGACGGUGCCAAACCACCGACAAAUAUAUUCCAGAUGCUGUGCUGGGUCACCGGUUUAUGGUAUAGUCCUGUGCGUCGUUCACUGUGUAGUUACUUUAACGAGCUGUUUGACAAGCCGAAAGGCAUGGAGGACAGAGCGUAUAAGGACAUUGAUCCUCGCCUACUUAAACUGGUUGGUACUUCAACCAUUAGGCCACGUGAUCUCACUGUAGCACUGCACUCAACAUGCUCGUAUGCCGAGAAUGUAUUAGUUGCAAUACUCGGCACAGGCCACGCUGACGGUAUAUACGCGUGCGAGUUCAGCACCAAUGACAUUAACUUACUCUAUCCCACGAACAUGACAACAUUAAUAUGCUUAUUGAUGAAUGUCGUCAAACGCCUCCAUAGCCAGCUACACUUUUUAUAUACUAUGUGUUCAUAUGAAACCGAGCUCAGUGGCUGGCGUGACUGCACAUACGGUAGCAGCGUGGGCGGUUCCAAUUGGCAGUGUAAUACGUUGACGUAUGCUGAACAAACGUAUGACCAACAGUGCAACCAAAGAGCCAACCAAAACACUAACCAAACAGCUAACCAACCAUGUAACCAACACCCCAAGUGCGGCUUAAAAUCUCCUCUCCAGUCGUUCCUGGAGGAUGGCCUUCAGGGUUUCCUGCCGCAUAAUGUAACAGCCAACGGCUCUAGUCUUUCAUGUACUAAUUGUCCAAAGAGGUCUGGCCAACCGUGUAAAACACCAAUGGGCUUUGGUGAUAUAAGUAUUACAGCCUCCCGUAGACAUACUGGGCAAUUCAUAUUUGAUGCCAUUGGUGAAUUCUGUGGCGGCGCAUCUUCUCACCUUAGUAAUCUGUGCAACUUGCUUAAUGCUCUUUUGCCAGCUGCGCCGAAGACACUUGGAGAGAUGUUUGCAUUUUAUUAUAAUUUUGUCGCUAUAUGGCACGCAAACGGCAGCAAUCUCAUGGAUCAUAGAGACACAGCAUUUAACAACGCCGUCGUGCAGGCCAAUUUCGGAAACCCUAACACGGAGUUGAACAUCACUCCAUUGUUUAUGAGCACGGACCAUGGCACCAUGCCAGAUUUGCCUCACCCCAAUGGGGACCUGUACUCUCUGAUAGAAUGCAAGCGUGCUAAAACUACGACCGCCGUUCACCCCUGCGGUCCAUAUCUCCGGCCUCUUUGUGUAGACAUAUGCAGCAUAUUUUCCGACAAGCACGUCAACAAAUACCUUUCGUGGGUUGUAUAUGUUACUGAAACGUUUUACGAUUUACUCAAAAAAUUAUACGAUGAUUGUUGUAAGACGUGUGGCGGUGACAAGCCGAAAUGCCGUAAGGCUCCUUGUUCACAAAAAUGUAAUGUUGGCAGAAAGCCAACCAACUCCAAUCACAGUGACAGUUGCAUAUCCAUAGUCAAUUGCCAAACAACUAUGCCUACCUUGUGCAGAUAUGGAUUCACUUUCGGGUACUCAUCUGAUCUCGCGGGUACAUAUGAGCCGGUAAACAAGCGUACAUGUAGGGAUUUCUGCAAUUUAUUAAAUAUGGUUUUGCAAAAGGGAAAUGCACUUGGCGAUUUGACCAAUAUAACGAUUCCGAAUUUCCUCCUAGAAAUAAGGUGGCCCUUCAUGUGUACUCUGUUAGCCCUCUGGUCGCUGUCGCUCCUGUACCUGCUGCACAUCGCCGUCGUCCGCCUCGACGUCCUGAGGAUACGCUCCCACCUGAGAUCACCCUCAAGCCACCGCAUCGCCGCACAGUCCCUCCUCGCCGCCGCACGCGUCAAGGCACUCCCCAACGUCAAGUACUUCUCACCAUAA